AUAGAGCUCCACUUAAGCAGCAGAAGAAGCCUUUAUUCCUCUUGGCCGCAGGGGUUGCUGGGAAGGGGGAGGACCGGGUUUGUUGUUCAGCUGCGCAGUGCACCCUGGGACGGCGGAGGACCGAGGAGUUUUCCAAUCGGCGGAACGAUGGACGUGUUUUUGAUGAUUCGACGUCACAAGACGACCAUUUUCACCGAUGCGAAGGAGUCCACGACGGUGUUCGAGCUGAAACGCAUCGUCGAGGGGAUUCUCAAGAGGGCGCCCGAGGACCAGCGGCUCUACAAGGAUGACCAGUUGCUUGAUGACAGUAAGACUCUGGGUGAUUGCGGCUUCACCAGCCAGACCGCCAGACCGCAAGCUCCGGCCACCGUGGCCUUGGCCUUCAGAAUCAACGAUGAUGCGUUCGAGCAGCUCAGAGUGGAUUCGUUCUCCAGCCCCCCCGAGCUCCCAGACGUCAUGAAGCCGCAGGAUUCUGGAAGCAGCGCUGUGCAGUGAGAGGGAAGAGAGGGAACGAAAGAAAGAAAGAGAGAGAGGGAGGGAGAGAGGGAGGGAGGGAGGGAAAGUGGGCGGCUGCACCUUUCACACUGCAACAUGCACCUCAAUACCCCCCCUCCCCCUCUCUCGCACGCACGCACGCACACACACACACACACACAUAAAUGCUGCAAAGUACAGAGAUGAACCUUAGCGUCUAUCCACUUAAAGAUUUUACAACCAUUAUCUGCUCAGGUGUGUUUUAUUUUUUCUGAAUUGUUUUGUAUUUUUCUUCCUCCUCCCUGUUUAUUUUCUGAAUUCUUUACCCUGCCCUUUAUUAUUAUUAUUAUUAUUAUUAUUAUUAUUACUACUACUAUGGGGGAGAGAACGAACCAAAAGAAAAAUAUUCAACGAAAAAUUCUUGCAGCAGCGAAUUGUCUUCAACAGAUAUCGGAAGUGUCUUCAAAUAUCAUUUUGUAGCUUCUUUUGAUUAUGCGAUGUUAAAUAAAAGAUCUAAAUUA